AUGGCACUUCCACGACUGCUGCUUUCGAAGCGCGUAUUCCAGAACACGACGUCUUUUGGGGCUGAAAAAGUUUCUGGACUCGCUGUGGAGAGUUACGGCGGGAGGCCUACGGGCCAACUAAGCCAGAUCGGGUUUAGCGCCGACUCCCCCACCAAAGCAGCCCGGCAGCCAACCAGCCAACCAACUCCUCUGCCCGCCAACGUCGGCCAUCGCGAUUCAGCCUAUCAGUACGAGAAGACCUGGUCCUGCAGACCAUCAUGGAGUCAGCCUGACGACAUCUUGCAGCCAUCCAGCCACAGCCUUCCAGCGACCCUGCUAGUUUGAGCCACAGCUUCGUACCAACUACCUUGGAAAAUGGUUGGAGUGUGCCCUUGGCAAUCAUGUGAUCCGCACAAAGCGGAAAACGGUGAGGGGCAUCCCUGGUCAAAAUCCCACCUUGGAGGGGGGCAACCCGUCCAGUGCUUUUCUGGUGGGUUGAUAUCCAACACGACUACUUGCGGUGAAACGUUGGGAAUUUGUCCUCCCGAACCAUUAUGAGCUGCCUUCGCACGAUGAUGACUAUGUGAAGGCGAAAGGGUAUGGCCGAGGAGCUGGACGUUGUUUGGCCUCUUCUGGGGCCUUUGGUAGUCGAUGAUGGUAGUGGCGUGACCAUCUCCCGUCUUCUUUUCAUCAGAAUCAUCCAGGCUCAACCUCAGUUUCAAGCAGUUGAGUGGCUUAUCAAGCAAACUCGUGAUGGCCCAGCUCCACCGCGAAGGGCCGUUUCAGCUGCUCACUCUAACAGGGCGCCGGCCCAUGCCCCCAAUAUCACCGAUUCGACAAUCCCCUCUUGUCAACACCGCCUCUGAGCCAAUCAAUCAUUAGACCCUGCCCUUGUCCUGCAUUUGAGUUGGGACUACGCCACAAGGCAGCAGUUCUAUUGUUGCAUCAGGCUCCCGAAUACCGGGGAACAAUCUGCAGCAAGUACUCUGACUCAAGGGAAGGGAGAGUAAAGAAUUGAGUUUUCGGUCUCCUGACAAACUAGAUCCCAAACUUUGUCUCGAUUAUUUUUUUUUCCAUCCUUAUGUCCAUGGAGGUUUUCGCUCUCCAAUUUUUUAUUUUUACUUUUUUUAUUUAGAUGGUGUGUGGGAAGAAGGCUCCCCUAUUCCAAGGCUCGAAAUUCGCGUUUCACAGCCCUUUAUUGUCUGCUUUGCCUUGUUACGAUUGCCGAUUACGGGAAAGGCGUUUUCUAUAAACGCAAUCUUGAGUGUGUGUCAAUUUGACAAAUCGUAGACCCUCCCAACUGUGAAAGUCUCUAGCGCACUAGGUAUAUAUGUCAAGCUCUUUCCUCCUCGCUCGCUACACAACA